CUGGACAUGACGGGCCUCCUGGACGACGGCGUGGAGCAGGACCCCGGCACCAUGAGCAUGUGGGACUGCACGGCGGCCGUGGCGCGCACCUGCAUCGCCCAGCAGCAGGGGGCCCCCCCGGGGCCGGGGCCAGCCCCCGUCCCCGUGGAGGUGCGCGUGGACCUGCGGGUGAACCGGGCCUCCUACGCCUUCCUGCGGGAGGCGCUGCGCAGCAGCGUGGGCAGCCCGUUGCGGCUCUGCUGCCGGGACCUGCGGGCCGAGGACCUGCCCAUGCGCAACACAGUGGCCCUGCUGCAGCUGCUGGACGCGGGCUGCCUGCGCCGCGUGGACCUGCGCUUCAACAACCUGGGCCUGCGGGGCCUGUCGGUCAUCAUCCCACACGUGGCCCGCUUCCAGCGCCUGGCCAGCCUGCGGCUGCACUACGUGCACGGGGACUCGCGGCAGCCCUCGGUGGACGGGGAGGACAACUUCCGCUACUUCCUGGCCCAGAUGGGCCGCUUCGCCGGUCUGCGGGAGCUCAGCGUGGGCUCCUCCCUCCUGUCGGGGCGCCUGGACCAACUGCUGAGCACCCUCCAGAGCCCCCUGGAGAGCCUGGAGCUGGCCUUCUGCGCGCUGCUGCCCGAGGACCUGCGGUUUCUGGCCCGAAGCCCCCACGCCGUCCACCUCAAGAAGUUGGACCUCAGUGGCAACGACCUGUCCGGGGGCCAGCUGGAGCCCUUCCGGGGCCUCCUCCAGGCGGCCGCCCCCACGCUGCUGCACCUGGAGCUCACCGAGUGCCAGCUCGCCGACUCCCACCUGCUGGCCACCCUCCCCGUGCUGACGCGCUGCGCCCAGCUGCGCUACCUCGGGCUCUACGGCAACCCGCUGUCCGUGGCGGGGCUGAAGGAGCUUCUGCGGGACUCGGCGGCGCAGGCCGAGCUGCGCACGGUGGUGCACCCCUUCCCCGUGGACUGCUACGAGGGCCUGCCCUGGCCGCCGCCCGCCUCCGUCCUGCUGGAGGCCUCCAUCAACGAGGAGAAGUUUGCCCGCGUGGAGGCGGAGCUGCACCAGCUGCUGCUGGCCUCCGGCCGGGCCCACGUGCUCUGGACCACGGACAUCUACGGGCGCCUGGCCGCGGACUUCUUCAGCCUGUGACCCGCCGGGGCUCGCCAGGGCCUGGGCGCGGAGCCCCCUUCCUGCUCGGGGCGGCGCUGACCCCACACUGCUGUGUCCCGCGGCCCCGCGC